GAGGAGGAGAGGGAGACUGCGGUGUUGUUAGUUUGAACAAAAUGGCUGCGAGAUCACUGUCAACGAGAGCUCGCUGAACGCCUACCAUGACUGUCCGCUCCGCUGUCUGGAUCCACACAGAAUGUAUUUCCCCGGAGUCGUUUCUCACUUUGCAUUUGCGGUAGCCAGCCCGUCGCUAGUCGUUCAGCUGGCGACCUAAACAAAAACAUUUCUUUUGCACUUUAAACCAAGUUAGCUGGCUGGCUGACGGCCGUCGGCUCGCGCUCAUCCGCGAGAACUCAUCGGCGAUUUUUAACGAAAACUGCUUGAUUUCUCCCGUUUUCUGAACCUCGUUACGGUCGACGACUAACAGCGCUAACCAGCUAACAUUAGCAAACCUAAUUUAGCUGCUUUGAAAAGUCGUUUUGUUCGUAUUCGUUUUUUUUUUUGUUUUUGUUAUUAGUGGUGCUUCACUCUCCUCCCCGCCCCCCGUUAUAUCGUGACGUUUUUACAAAUUGUUUUUGACGAAAGUAAUUUCACGGCAUAUUUUUUGUUUGCUCAAAGCAUACAUUACCGUACUUGCUGUGUUGUAUAUCUGGCUGAGUAGCCGUUGUUUACCUCGGUAUCCUGUCACCUAGCUGCUUCAGCAGCAGUCGGCUUAUCUGCCAAGACCGACUUUAAUUGCGACUGAAUUUCUGCUCCAUCUAUUUACGGGUAACUUUAGAAAAGACAUCGGAGAAUGCUUUUCUGCCAUGCACCUACUCUUCACUGAAAGCUGCCAAAGCUGUGGUUAACGCAAGCUGAGAGAAGCUAGCAACAGAAGAAAGAGAACCAUUUGAUGGAAGAAAAGAAAAAGAAAAAACAAGAAGAAAAGACAAAGAAGGACGUCGCUCAGAAAAAGGCUGCUGAUCAGAAACCCAAAGUGCCAGAGCCUGCUCCCACUAAGCCCAGUCCCGGCCCACCCCACCACCACCUCCACCCUGCCAGCCCCACGCUGCCCCUCUCCUCCUCCUCUUCUUCUGGCAAUGGCAAACGUGCCUCCUCCAGUAGCCAGCUCCAGACUCAGACUCCCCCUCAGCAGCAGCAGCAGCAGUGCCAGUCGUCCUCUGCCAGUGCUCGCUACCCGCCCAGAGAGGUGCCCCCACGCUUCCGCCAGCAGGAGCACAAGCAGCUACUGAGGAGAGGCCAGCCACUGCCUACAGGGGCCCUCAGCGCUCUCACCCUCUCCUCUUCCUCCUCUCCCUCCUCUUCGCCCUCACCAUCUUACUGUUCGUCUUCUACAACUACCAGCAGUACUACCCCAAUCUCUGCCACGUCCACUGUGGGCAAACACCACCCAGACAUAUCCCUUCAGAGUGGCCCGGGUGCCCAGUAUGAGACCUCUCAUUGGGGAACAUCUUUGCCAGACAGCCCCUCCAGUGCCAACAGCUGGGACAAAGUGAUUAUUGACGGAAGUGACACAGAAGCUUGGCCCUCUAUCAGCCGCAAUAGUGACCCCAGCCACCCUGCAGCAUCAGAAUGCCCCUUGGGCUCAGCUAGUUCCGACCUAGACACCGGUGCUGUCACUACCACUAGUAGUAGUAGUUUUCUGAGUAUGGCCGCAGGUGCCGCAGGCCAGCAGGCCCACUACCCCUCUCUCAAAUCUAACAAUAACAUGAUGACAGGACCUGGGUCAGCGAACACCUUAACUGGGAACAGAGGCUGGGGCUCAGAUGGGAAACAAGAUGGUAUGAAUGGUGGCCGAGUAGGAGCUCCCAAUAAUUGGGGCUCUCCCAAUUUUAACUUGAACCUCAAUCCCAAUGCCAAUCCAUCCGCCUGGCCUGUUCUGGGCCAUGAUGGUGGUGGAGGUGGUAUAGGCCCUAAUGGGUUGUCCAACUCCUCAUCUCUUACACCAGGUAUUAAUAGUAAUGGAAACAUGGGAAAUGGGAGCCUUGGAGGAGGAGAUACAAGCGGGGGAGGUUGGGCUGGCAUGAUAAAUGCUAAUGAAAAUGAUCAACAGCAUCCUUCAACCAAUACAAGCUUGUCUUUCAAUAUGGAACCUGCUAACCUUAACACUGAUGGACCAAACCACACUAAGCAACAGCAGCAAGCUCAGGAGCCUAUGAGCCCUAUCCAUGGGUUAACUGGCUGGGGAGGCCAGUCACCCACUGAGUCAUCCAAGCUCAAUGGGGACACAACUGGCAGCUCUGUAUGGGGUAGUGGAGAAACCAAGGCAGCUGACUCCCCAAAGGACUCAGGCUGGGACUCAACUCCUUCUGGAGGUCUUUCUGCUUGGGGCCGCCAAGGCAGUGGAGGUGGGAGUAAUGGAAGUGGUGGCUGGGGUGACUGGGGGAAAUCCUCUGGUGGUGGAGAUGCUAAAGGCUGGGACUCAGUAGAUGCAGGCAGUUCUGGUUCAGGCCAAGAGCAGCAGCUUGGCUCGUGGGGCCAGCAGCCUGGAACAGCCCCAGCAAGUGAGGGUAGUGGGGACAGCAGUGAGGGUCAAUCACACCACAGAGACAGAUCCUCUAGCAUGGAGUUUACCCCACUUCUUCCCCGACAGGAUCUGGACCCCCGGGUGCUGAACAACUCUGGCUGGGGACAGACCCCCAUUCGACAGCACACUGUCUGGGAGAUGGAAGAAGCCAGCCCUGAUGAUGGGAAGAGCAACAGCAGUUCAGACAACUUAGGGGGCUCCAGUUCUACUUGUGGACCCUCACCCACCAAUGGAGGAACUAUCAGCCCUAAUAUUGGCCCUAGUCAAAGGCCUGGGUCUGGGGGAAAGAGUGACAGUGAAGGUUCAGCAUCCUCUAGCUGGGGAGCCCCUCCCCCUCAGCCCAUCCAGACUGGUUCAGGAUGGGGGGAUCCUCCACAGUCACACAGCAAAGCCCCAAAUGGCACUGCUAGUGGCUGGGGAGAUCCUUUGCCUGCCAAUGGUUCCAAAAGCGGGGGCACACCAUCCUGGGGUUCAGAAGACAAGUCACCCAGCUGGGAUGACGGUUUGACAAAAGGUCAGCCAACUAACUGGGGAGAGGGCCCAAAAAGCUCCCAUGGUUGGGGCAACAGUAAUGCAGGCUCCAAUGGCUCCAGCACAGGUGACUGGGGAGAAGCAGAGGCCAAGAACAAUGGGUCUUCCAGCAGUAUGUGGGAAGGAGAAAGUGGGAAUGGAGGGAGUGGUGGAUGGAAAGAAAGUCCUAGAGGAGGAAAUAGAGGUGGUGGCUGGGGGAAGCCAGCCCCUGCUGUGAAUAACAGUAGCUGGGGGGAAACCUCACGUACCAAUGGCCCAGUGCAGGGAGGCUGGGGUUCUUCUAAGCCCCAGGAAAGCAGCAGUAGUAGCACUGGCAGUGGGGGAGGUGGCAGCAUUGGUUCUUGGGGUGGUCCUGGUUCUGUGAAGCAGAACACAUCUAGCUGGGGUAAUGCCAGCAAACAGGACCAGGGCAUGGAGCCAACUGGCUGGGAAGAGCCCUCCCCUCCCUCCAUCCGCAGGAAGAUGGAGAUUGAUGAUGGAACAUCUACCUGGGGCGAUCCUAACACCUACAACAAGACUGUCAACAUGUGGGAUCGCAAUAAUCCCAAUAGUAACCCAAGCAACAGUGGCCCACCACCAAAUAAGAAUGGUGGAAUAAUUAUGCCCAACAAUAACAAUCACUCUGUUGGUCCUGGCAACAACAAUCACCAUCACACCCAUCACAUGCACCACCAUCCCCAUCACAGCCAGCCCCCAGCUCACCUGCAACACCAUGGAAACAACAAUGGAUCACCAAAUGGUGGAGCCUCACAUCCAGGCGGGGGCCCUCAGAGUAGACCCCCCCUUGCCAACCCAGGAUGGGGAGAGCUUCCAAGUGUUCAGAUCAAGCCAGAGCCUGCCUGGGGAGAGCCAGCAGCUCCAACAUCAACUGUGGACAAUGGCACCUCUGCCUGGGGAAAGCCUCCAGGGGGAGUUGGAGGAUGGGGAGAUGGUGGGCACGAGCCCUCUGGACCCUAUGGUAGAGCCAAUGGUCCCCCAGGUUCUGCACCCUGCAAGACAGGCCCCAAACCUAUGCAAGAUAGCUGGGGAAAUGGAGGGGAGGAGAUGGGUAUGUCAACCAGCCAGUGGGACGCUGAGGAUGGAGACAUGUGGAACAGUCCUACCUCCCAGGAGAGCAGCUCGUCUUGCAACUCCUGGGGCAAUGGGCCCAAAAAGGGCCCAAGCAAGGGCAAGAUGGGCAAUAAGCCAGACGAGGCCUGGAUCAUGAACCGUCUCAUCAAACAGCUCACUGAUAUGGGCUUCCCGAGAGACCCUGCUGAGGAGGCGCUAAAGAGCAACAACAUGAAUCUUGACCAGGCCAUGAGUGCCCUGUUGGAGAAGAAGACGGACCUGGACAAACGGGGCAUGGGCAUGUCUGACUACAGCAAUGGCAUGAACAAGCCCCUGGUAUGUCGGCCCUCUGCACUCUCCAAAGACCCUUCCGACCGCACCACGUUUCUUGACAAGGAUGUCGUUCUGUCAGAUGAUGCUCCCCCAUCACCGUUUCUGCCUUCCCCCAGCCUGAAGCACCCCCUGGCCAACAGUAGCCUUCCUGGGCAGGGUCUGGGACAGGGCAACCCGGGGCUGGCCAUGCAAAACUUGAACAACAGACAGAUACCCAGUGGAAUGUUUGGCAGUAGUGGAGCAGCACAAACCCGGGCCAUGCAGCAGCAGCCUCCUCAGCCACCAGUGCCACCUCUCAGCUCCUCCCAGCCUAGUCUACGUGCUCAAGUGCCUCAGUUUCUCUCCCCUCAGGUCCAAGCACAGCUCUUGCAGUUUGCAGCAAAAAACAUUGGUCUGAACCCUGCACUUUUAACCUCACCAAUAAAUCCUCAACAAAUGACCCUGUUGUACCAACUUCAGCAACUGCAAAUGGCGUACCAGCGUUUACAAAUCCAGCAGCAGAUGAUGCAGGCACAACGCAAUGUUUCCGGCCCCAUUAGACAACAAGAGCAGCAAGUUGCACGUACAAUCACCAACAUGCAGCAGCAGAUCCAGCAGCACCAGCGUCAGCUGUACCAGGCGCUGCUGAUGAAGCAGCAGCAACUUCCCUCUCAUUCCUCCAACUCUUCCUCCUCUGUUGGUCUACAUCCCCCCGGUGGCCCCGCUGGAGGCCCUGGCUCCGGCAAAUCAACCCUGGACCCUUUCACAGGCCCCCACCAGGCUCCGGGCCUCUCUGACACACUGCACACCAAAGAGCCACCGUCUUCGCCCAACGCCUACAGCACCUAUCCUCUCACUGGACUGAAUCCAAACAUGAAUGUAAACUGCAUGGAGGUUGGGGGUCUGUCCCUGAAGGAGCCCCCUCAGCCCCAGUCCCGCCUGUCCCAGUGGACACACUCCAACUCCAUGGACAACCUCUCUGGCAACUCUUCUAACAUGGAGAACAACCUCAAUAAACACGGUGCCAUAUCUGCUGCCUCUACCUUGGGCCCUCCUGGGAAGCCCCCCCAGCUGGAAGACUCAUACAGCCCUUACAAUCUAAUGUCCAACUCUGAGUCCCCCACCAGCCCCCUGGUGACCCCAGACAGCUGGGGCCAGGGUAAGAGCCCCAAUGAAAAGAUCUCCAAUGGGACCAACAUUAACUGGCCUCCAGAGUUCUGCCCAGGUGUACCAUGGAAGGGUCUUCAGAACAUCGACCCUGAGAAUGACCCAAACAUGACUCCUGGCAGUGUCCCUAGUGGUCCCACCAUCAACACCAACAUCCACGAUGUCAAUCGAUACCUUCUUCGGGACAGAAAUGGAGUCACUUCCCCAGCUCCUCCACUUCAGAAUGGCUCUCUGCCUUCAACCAGCAGCGACUGGCCAGUCAGUGGUUACUCAAACUCUUUCAGGCUGUCGUCCUCUGAUGGAGACAGCUCAGGUAAACUGUCUGAUAUGAAGUCUACCUGGUCCCCAGGGCCUAUAUCCCAGAGCCAAGCCUCUCUGUCUCAUGAGCUGUGGAAAGUCCCCCAGGGGCCACGUAGCACCACAGCCCCUUCCCGACCACCGCCAGGCCUCACCAACACCAAACCCUCCUCCACCUGGGGUGGAAACUCACUGGGCCUGGCCCAAGGCUGGAGUGGCUCCUACUCCUCUGAGGGCACCACGUGGAGUACUGACAGCUCCAACAGGACCAGCAGCUGGCUGGUGCUGAGGAAUCUCACCCCACAAAUUGAUGGUUCAACUCUGCGGACCCUGUGCAUGCAGCACGGCCCCCUGAUCACAUUCCACCUCAACCUGACCCAGGGUAACGCCGUGGUACGCUACAGCUCCAAGGAUGAGGCCGCCAAGGCCCAGAAGUCUCUGCACAUGUGUGUGCUUGGAAACACCACCAUCUUGGCUGAGUUUGCCGGUGAAGAGGAGGUGAACCGCUUCUUUGCACAAGGCCAGUCACUAGGGGCGAACACCACUAGCUGGCAGGCCAACCCGGGAACCAAUCAAAACCGGAUGGGAGGGGCAGCGCAGUCCCACUCUAUUGGCCAGUGGAGCAGCGGUGGCAGUGGAGGCAAAACCAGCGGCGGGGACCUGCUGUGGGGCGGCGUGCCCCAGUACUCCAGUCUGUGGGGUCCACCGAGUGGGGAAGAUGCCCGCGUGAUCGGGAGCCCCACGCCCAUUAACACCCUGCUGCCUGGUGACCUGCUAAGUGGGGAGUCCAUGUAGGAUGAUGCCACGAUACACUACCAACCAACCAACCUACCACCACCACCAUGUCAUGUAAGCCAUUGGUGGAGGGUGGGGUGGAGAUUAAACAAAACAUACAAAAAAAAUAAUUUCAAUAUGAACAGGAGCAAAACCCAAGCAAAUCAUGUGGCGAUAAUCAGUAUCAGUUAGAACUGUUUUGAACUGUGAAUUGUAAAUCAGAAGGCCGGGGUCCCAACCACACAGACUACAGACUCCAGUCCUUCUGUUUUACUUCUGUUUUUUUUGUUUUUGUUUUUGUUUUGUUUUUUUCGGGGGAAAAAAAGCAAUUUUUUUCCCUUGGUAUUUUUGAAAUGCAUCAUAUGAAACAAACUGAAAUGAGACGCAACACAAAGAAACCUUUUAAGUGUUUUUUGGUUUUCCAUGAGUAUACAUGACAUUCUGUGUGAAGUGUUUUUAGGAGAAGCAAUCAAAGCUGCCAUCUGAGACUUUCCUUUUCCCUUCCCUGCCCCCCCCCCCCCCAAAAAUCAUCCCAAAAUAAGACCUAAAAUGACCAUUCCCAGCAUGUCCAUGGCCAAUGAUGUGGUUCAAAGACCUUUACUAGUUAUGUUAAUGUUUGUUUCUCAGCACUAAUAUUAGCCUUAAGUGCUCUCUGGCCCAGGUCCUUCCCAAGCCGCCUUUUUUUUUUAAGUUUGUUUUGUAACUGAAGAAAUAGCUGAAAUCUUGCACAGUUUUCACCUCUGAGCCAGCAAGUGGUACAGGAUAUGACUGGUGACCAGCUCUGUCACUGGGCAGUAAGAAGGCCUGGCCACGCGUCUGGCCCUACCAAUCAUCAGCUUAAUUAUUUUCCUUUUCUUUUUUCAAAGGGAUUGAUACAGUUGGUAAAUGUUCUUUUUUGUAGGUCAAAAUCCAAGCGCAUUUUUUGGUAAUUACCAUAACAUAUAAGCUCAGAGAAGAUUAUUUUUCAAGCUCGCUGCGUGUCUCCAUUUUCCACACAUGAGCGUGUUUGUCCGGUGGCACCUAAUCAUUGACGUCUGCAAAUCCAGAUCCGUCUGGUCAUCUUCAACUUGGAAACCAGUUUUCUUACUGGUGCAUUGUUGAAUAUUCUCAUUUCUGAUUUGUCAUGAAGUCCAGCAGUCUCUACGGUCAGCCACUUUUUGGAGGAAAAAAAAAAAUUCAAUUUCAUGACAGUUACAUUGUGCAAUAUACACCAUAGACCUUUUUCCGUCCAUACUCUGUCCACCGGAGCUGGUUUCUCUUUUGUUUUUCUUUUUUUGUUUGUCUUGUUUUUUUUUUCAUUGUUGGAUUGUUGCUGAUUGCAGCAAAAGACUUUGGAACUUCAAAAACCUUACCCCCUUGUCAAAACUUGGAUUUCCUCCAGGCCACCAAUUCCCCUGAAACUGUUGGGAAAACUUUGCAAAGAGGAAGAAGCAGCCGUUGAGCUGUGCAUGCAGCAAACUGUCCUAAAAAGUGACACUGGGUACACAACAAUGCACACUUCCUCUCUGCGUGCCACAGCCACACCCAACAGAGACUGAAUCCACAGUGGAAUUGGAUGGUUCUGGGUAUCUGGCACAAUACCAAAUAAGAGGGGUUUCUCCUAAUGCAGUAGACCUACGAGUGUUCCUUGCGUUUGGUACUGUACAAACAGAAGAGACUAAGACUUUUAUAAAUUCAAAGGGUUUUAUCAUAGCACUUAUGAAGAGCAAAUUGCUUCAACUGCAAUCCAAUAAAUCAAAAAAGGAGCAGCAAAAAAACAUGAAAACGACAAAAAAAAUACUGCUCUUUAUGUACUGUAUCUAUUCCUUGGAAAUGUGUCCGGCGUUGUUCCUCUGAUAGCAGGAUGAAGGGAAACUAAACUGAAAUGUACCUUUGGACUUUGGGGAAAAAACUGCAGUCUGAUUUUUACAAUAUCAAAGUGAAUAUCACUGUUACUCCAAAUGUUUAGCCUUGUUCUGUUUAGAGGCACUAGACUUGCAACAUUAGCUGUCUCUGACACCCGCUGGCCAGCCACGCAGUCAGCCGGUGGGUGAGUCACAGUGGGGUGAGGAGGGGGAGUGUCCACUGAGUGCCUCUCUGCUGUGGUCCUCUGGGUGUCAGGCGGCAGCCCCACAGCACAGCACUUCCUCCUGGGCCCGGCACCGAGCCCCACUUGACUCUCCUUCAGUCUGGCUAGGAAACGGCUCCUCUGAGGCUGGCCAAUCACGGCUCUUUGGCCACACACGGCAUCUCUGACAAGGGCCCGCCACCACUCCACCCUGCCGUUGUCCUGCCCUCCCCCAUCUCUCAGUUCUUUGACACAAAGAUCACUUUAGCUGGAAGAUGUAAUAGUCAUAUUUCUGGAAUUUUUGCCAGUGUAAUUUGUUUUUUUAUGAUCAUUUGACUUUAUUUUUUCAGCGUGUUUGUCUACAUGCAGUGGUAUACAAAAUACUAACUGCUGAACUAGCCCUUCACUGUUCAUAUGCAGAAACACUUUGGUCAGCGGUGCCUCUGUAUGUUCAUCCUGUGUAUUGAAUGCAAAACGAGGAUCAAUACUACAGACCGUCAUUGAUUGUCUAUUUGUUUUUAACUGAUCAUGCUUUUGUGUUUGACAGUAUUCUGUAGUACUUCCAGGUAGUAUCUUGAGAUGUGUUAAAAAAAAAAAAAAAAAAAAAAAAAAAAAUUAGGGUGUCUCAGACAGGGGUGUGGGUGUUGGUCGAUCCAAGCUGCUCCACCUGCCCGCAGGCUGUCCCCCCUUACCCUUUGCCUAGCUGCUACGCUGUAACCUCCUCCUCCAUCACCUCCUCAUCCAGACCCAGUAGCCCUCCCCUGACCAGGCACCAACAGGCCCUUGUAUCUGUUUCUAUGCAAAAAAAACUAGAGGCUGGGGCCCUUUACAGCACGCCAAACCUGACUUGGGAAUGAGCACUCCUCCCAGAGCUUGGCACACCCUAACACGUAUCCCUGUGCACUCCUGUUCACACUUCAGAAUGGCCAACGUUUUCUGUAACGUCAGGCUAAGCCACCAGAACACUGUCAUAAACUAAAGUCCGAACACUUUAUCCAAGGUCGGCCUUUUCUCUCUGCGCUGAAGACACUUCUGUCCAGCUUGAUCUCAGGGUAGGGGAGUUGAUGAUACCAAGUAUGAGAUGCAGCUCUCCGUAUCUGUCCUUUCUACUGUGAGAGCAUAGUCUUAAAUUAUAAGGCCAUCUGCGCAACUAUAAGUACAGACCUCAUGCCUCGAAACCUAAUCCUAAUUGGAAGGAAAAGGGGUUGUAUUGAAUCCUUUUCUCAAAAAGUGGCCUGUCGCUACGUUGGGGGGCCCUUUAUCGCAUGUAAAAGAUGCCAACUUGAUGUGCCAAUAUUAGCACUUGUGUUUCCUGUCAGGAGGAGCUUUGUUAAACUUUGCAGAGGGUGCAGCGGGGGACAGGAGGGAUCAAACAAAUGGGCGGCAGCAUCACACCCUUACAUGACUGAGAUUUUUUUUUAUGCUUUUGUGGGGAAUACCCCAUGUUAAGGAGAAAAUCUUUACUCAGUUGGGGGUUCCAGUUUGCUACAGUGCACAGUUGAUGAUGGGUAAUCCCGGGUACAUAUUUUUUUAAAACCAAAAAUGAAAUCGCAUUUUAACGUCAUUUUUAUGAAGUUUGACAUAAAAAUCUUAAAAAUGCUAAAAAAUCUAAAUGGAAAAAAAAAAGAUCUAUAAUAUGUUAAUGCUCUGCACUUCUAGCUGAAACGUCUCCAGUCAUCAGCCUCUGCUCCCGCCAUCGAAGGGAGUGGACUGGUGGCCGGGGUGCCUUUUUGUGGAUGCUGUAUUUAUCUCGUUUUUAUGUUUGUGUCCUGCUCAAAGCGGGCCCACUGAACUGUACAUUUCCACAGACCCAGAUGGCUUGGGCCCACUGUAUCAGCCUCACUCUCCUCGCUCUGCAUCAGCGGGACCGAGGGGAGGGUUGCAUUUCAAGAGGUACAAAGUCUUAAAAAACAAACAAAAAAAUUUAAAACAUCAAAAAAAAAAAUAAAGUAAACAAGAAAACAGGAAAAGGCUACCUUUCAGGACUUGCAGUCCUGCAGCACACAAGCAAAAAUCACUAUUGCCUGUUUCUGUAACUGCCUUGAUCCAAGCUCAGACAGACCCAAUAGCCGAGGACCUCCCAGCAUCCUGUACUAACUGGAGAACCCUGACAGUGAAGGGGGUUUCCCAUGCUGCACCAGCAUCGAGAGGCUCUCCUCUCUACAGCUCCGUUCUAGAUAACAGUAUAUAUGUAUACACUACUGUACACAUACAUAUAUAUAUGUAUAUAUAUAUAUAUUUAUAUAUGUGCUGUUAGUACGGUGUGGUAUCACCUCUUCAGACUUCUUGGAUCGUAACCUCUGAAACGUUUCAUUUUUUUGUUUGAAAGGUCUUGGUUUAAUACAACUGAAAAAUGAGCAAUAUGUAUUUUUCCCGCAAAUAAGUGAUACGAAGGAAAGAAUUUUGGGUGUAAACUGUUACUUGAUUGAAUGAAAGCUACGUCUUUCAGAAAUGGCGUUGGAUAUGCACAUUCUGGUUUUAAUAACAUAUUGCAGUACAUUGAAGUGUUUGUACUGUAUAUAUGUAUUUGUUUGUUAAUUAGCCUGUCUAAAAGCCCAACCUGAAUCACCUGGUUUGAUGCAUAUUUUACCCAGUUGAUAAAAAUCACAAACAUAUCAAAACAAAACGAAAUAUUGAACACAAAUACUUGAAUCAUGGAGCGCCAAUAACGUAAUGUGAAGUCAGUAAUUCAUUUUGUUCUCUCUAUCUGACAGGUACACUUAGGGGCUUUUAGAGGAUAUCAAAAUGUAUUGCAUUAAGUUACAAAUACAAAAUCCUAGAAAAAAAAAUGCAAAAGUCAUCUUAGAUGUGUGCUUGCAAGUCAGAUGUCGGUAUGAAUGUGUGCGCAAAAAACUGUGAGUACAGGGCACAUGGCCUGCUGUUAUGUUCCACUCAGUAUGUUAUAUUUCAUGUCUGGUUUUUUUUUUUUUUUUUUUUUUGGUCGUUCUGUCAAAAACUAUUCUGAUAGAUGUUAUUAUCUUCUAACGUUGCACUGAGUGUCUUCUACCCCUCACUCAGCUAAUCGUAAAUAAACGAGUCUAAGUACGGAGGGGAGAUGGUGACAAUUCACGUGUACAUGUUUACUCAAGGACUUAAUGGAUUUUUAUUUCAUUCUAUCUGUAAAAAGUUUAUCUACCUUAUAGUGGCUUUUAUUGUGGAAUAAUCCAGUACAAGGAUUAUCAUUGAGUAUUGCACCAUUUUGUUCCAGUUAUAUUUGAAAAAAAAAAAAAAAAUUAAAAAAACGAAAAUGUAUGAAAAAAAAAAAACUUUAAAAUUAUAAAAGCUGAAACAAAAAAAAAAACAAAAAGAACUGUGGCCAUAGAUAGCUGUAGAAGGACUAGUAAUCCCUAUGUUAACUUCAUGGAGAAAAUGUUAAGGGAUAAAAGUGUGGGAGGUGAGUUUGUUACAACUCAUUUCAGAGGUGCCUAUCUUUUCUGUUUUUGUUUUUUGCAAAAGCCACCUGUCGUUUACAAGCAUUUCAUUUAUCUGAAGUUCAAGGAAAUAGAAAUUUAUAACAGGAAUGUUGAGGAAAAAAUGGACAAAUUUCAUCUUCCAUCGAAUAUGGACAUGGAAAUCUUGCAAAAUGAAGAUUUAUGCUACUUUUCAGAACUCUGGGAUUGAUCAGUGUUGUCAUAUUUCGAUUUUUAAUUUCAGUGUCGACGGACUAUCUCUGUAUGUACUGAUUUGUGAUGUUAUGUUUUCUGUAGGCGACACAGUUUGCUCACUAUCUUGCACACUCAUAAAAAGAUGUGGAUUUUGUCUCAGGAAGGCCAGGGUUCCAGAUACCAACUCCAUCAUUUCUAGGUUUUAAUGUUUGUGUGAAAAAAAAAAAAAAAUGUAACUGAAAACAAUUCAACUCCAAGAGAGCACUGGAGGUUAUGAGUUUAACAGAAUAUAGAGUACCUUUGUUUGUUAAAGACGACAACAAAAAAGUUUGUAGCAAGUUACAUAUUUACCAAAUAAGACUGAGAAUCAACUUUGAAAAAGUGGCGUGCUUUACAUGUGAAAUCUAAGUAGAAAUUGCUUUACAUUUAAAUAAAAUGAUCAAUGGUUUGAUUAUCAGAAAGACAGUGACAGAAAAAAAAAUGCAUUUGUAUGUUUGACUUUGUUCUUUAAUUUUCCUUCCUGUAGUUCAGGAGCAUUGUGCAAGGUUUUUUGUUUUUGUUAUUGUCGUAAUCAUCUCUCAAAUCUGUUAACAUGUCUGUUUCUGUGACAGGUUUUCAAUAGCAGAGAGAUUUCUUAAAAUGUAACAGAUGGUUUUCAGAGGCAGGUUGAAGUGGAGGAAUAAAGCUGGUUUUUAAAGGAUCAUGAUCUAUGCACAAGUGGGAGGGACGAGUCCAGACGGUGCUGAUGUACUGCGUCCGUUUGUCGACUCCAGACUCUGGGGUUCAGGGUUUAAUGUUGGGUUGUUCUUGUUUUGUCUCUUGCUCUAAUUUCCUCCACUCUCCUCCAACACCCCCCACCCCCACUCAUUAUUAUCAUUAUCAUCUAAUGUUUUAGCAAAACUUUACAUUGCGUCGCCAUGCUGUGUAAUCCUUAACCAAUGAGCGCUUAUCCUUCUGCUAAAGCACUGUGGGUUGUACUGAAAAAAAAAAAAAGCCCAUGUCUUUUAAGGCUGUCUGUUUUUUAAGGGGAGGAGGGUGGGUGGGGGAAUGGGGUACUUUGCCUUUGCCUUUCUCUUUACUUUAAAAAAAAAAAAACAUUAAGGAAAAUGUCUGUAACUGAAAUACAAAGUUGUGGCUUUUAAUGUUGUUCUUUUUUCCUCCUCAUAGAAUGUGAUUGUUAAGGACAUGCACCGGGAAAAAAUGUUUCCAUGGAUUAUGGAGCUUCUUUCGGACUAUAUUAAUAAAAUACAAAUUUUCUUGGCUGUUA